AUGAGUUUAAUUGAUACCACAUACGUUGAAAAUUCACCUAUACAUACAACUGGCAUAGAAGAUAAUGUUGGUGAUGUUGACAUAGCAGAAAUUGGUUUAAACUGCACAGAUGCUAAUGUUCCACAACAGUCAUCUUCAGCAAAAAAAAAUAAAAAAUCUAAGACCACAUCAUUUCAAGAAUCUCUAUUAGAAGCUAUAAAAAACCUCCCUUUUCUAAAUGUAUCACCCGAAACAGAAGAUCCCGAUAAGGCAUUUUUAAUGUCAUUUUUACCAGAUAUAAAAAAGUUAAAUGAAGAAAAUAAAGUAGAACUUAAAUUUCAAUUCUUACAGUCCCUUAAAAAAAUUUCUGAGUCCAAUAAUAUACAAUACAACCAAAAUGUACCAAAUAACUUUUAUAGCGGUUCAAACGUUCAACAUAUACCACCACAACCACAAACAUCUGUAAUCCAUCAUCCAUAUCCUUAUUCAUCAUUCUCUGAUGUAUCUACCAACUCUUAUCUAUCAUCUGAUAAUAUAACUGUAACACCACAACACCAUGCACCUAAAAACCCAGCUCCGCUCUAUCAUCCAUAUUCCUCAAUCCCGUUGACCAAUUCAAGAAUGAAGACUGCCAACUUUAUUUUAUAUACUAAACUUUAA